CUUGAAAUACAUACACAACAAUCCCUACCAGGAAACAGGACAUAAAGUCGAUCAGCGGCAGUGACGUUAUUAUACCAGAAAUAUUACAAGUGUGGGGGAAACGAAAGCACGGACAAACAGUGAGGCACAGGCCACAGAUCCGUUCAGAAAGGACGGCAGAGAACUGUAAUAUUCAACACAGAGGCGGAUUUGCAAGAACCGACACAAGAAACAAUAAGCGGCGAUCAAGACAUAUAAUCAGUUUUAAAAGAUAGCAGUUACACUAUACUGUCAAGCCUAGAGGCAGGUGCGAUAGAACUGCCAACACAGACAAAAGUGGGAAGAAUGACAUACACCUGGUUAUAAAAGAUAAAGAUGGCACAGGCAGACAAAGGGAUACAUGUUUUAAAAUCAGCCAUAUUGGACGGCACUAACGCUAUAAGAUCAACUGUAGUUGCAGGUGUGCGGGAAGUGAAAGUAAAAACAGACCAAGUAGUAAGUGCCAUUAAAGAGCAAUUUGAGGCUACAGUUGAUAGUGUAAAAAGGGAAUUCAGAGAUUCCAGGACAAAUGAUGAUGAUGAUAACUAUUGGCAACGCUCAGGGAUCGAACAAGAUGGUGUUUGGUGUGACGUCUGCAAUGUAAGCCUGAUCUUGGGUACCCGUUGGAAAUGCAGAGAGUGUCCCAACUAUGACAUGUGUUCCUCGUGCUUCAACGACCCUAAAAGGAUGCACGACAUGUCGCAUUCAUUUAAAAAGAUUAAAACACCUGGAAGUAUAUCAACAAAAGGACAAAAGAAUGAACAUGAAGUACAGAGAUUGCCGUCUCUUUUGCCAUGUCAUUUGACUAAGAUCACACGCGAUGAACACGUCACAACAGUUUAUCUGGAAACGUUCAGCGAGGAAUUCACUAAUGUGAAGAGAAAGUUCAUUCACACGCUUGAUAAAGAAAUCGUCAGUAUACGCAGUGUUCAAAACAAUUAUCUUUGGGAGGUUUACUUUUUGAAACUCGGACAGAUGGAGAAAAUGAAUGGAAAAUUCGGCGCGAACGAGAAGAUCCUCUUCCACGGUACCAAACCGGAAAUAAUUUAUACUGCGUGCGCUCACAAUCUCGACACGCGCCUGGCCGGAACAAACGUCGGUGCGAUUUUAGGCGAAGGCACCUAUUUUGCUUCGACAGCAAAGAUAUCAGAUUCGUACGCUACACCUGCCCCUACAACGGGUCACAGUUAUAUGUUGCAGUGUCGUGUACUGGUGGGAGAAUGGACUAAAGGGAAACCGGGUUUACGGAGGCCGCCUGAAGUGGCCCAAACAUCGGAUGGUCAGGUCAGACUAUAUGACAGCUGUGUGGACCGUGUCCGUAACCCAAGCAUAUUCUGCAUCUUUGACCAAAACCAAUACUAUCCGGAGUAUAUCAUUGAAUACAAAUGAAUAACUAAGCAUAUAAACUUAUGGAAGUUUGAAUGUUCUUAUCAGAUUUAAAUUAUAACUGUUCGUGUAUCCUGUAUAACUUGGUUAUAUCAUAUCUAAUUCAAUCCAUAUGUAUAUGUACCAUAGCACGCCAACAUUAAAGUGAUACUUUCCGAUUCAUUUUCUUGAAUGAUAAUACCGGGAAUACACUUUAAAAUUUAGAGCAUGGUUCAAGUGUAUCAUUACAAAUUGAAUUGAUGUGUAGAUAGACAAUAAGGCUCGUUCAUUUAAAUAACAUGACUAAUCCACAUAUUAACUUACGACAUUGCUGUACAUGUAAACAAUUAUUUUGAAUAGUUUAUAAACAUUUUACUUACCAUUAAUUUAGUAAGUGUAUAAUUGUGUUUCUUAUAAGCUGCUAGAUAUUCAGAAUGUAUUGUCAGUUGCAACCUUCGUAAGUUAUUAAAUGUCAACAUGCAAUUUGUAGAUUUCCUUUGUCAGUCCUAUUUUAUAUGAAAUAGCGUAGAAGUACACGUAUAAUGGGAUUGUUACAAAUUCUUCCGUAAUCACAUUGUACUGAGACAUUUAUAGAAAUUACACCGAAAUGAAUACCUGUCAUCUAUAUAUUGUUUUGUUUUUAAUAUGUGUUACAAUUUAAAUAACAAAUUCGGAAAUGUGGUCUGUUUCAAUCCGAACAGGAAACAGGGAGGUUUUUUUUAUAUUAAACUAAAAUAAUUACGUCACAGAUAUCAAUCAAUUAUGUGCGUUUUCAAGGAAGCAUUGGCUGCUAUUUGAUUAUCAAAUCACAAUGAAACAUGCAUUUUUAUACUAUAAUGACAGUUUAAUAUCCUAAAUAUCGAUUUUUAUAAGUAACAGUUAACCUAAAUUGGAAAACGCACAUGUCAGCAUAGAUCAGCAAACAUUCAUGUGUGUUAAAUAUACCAGCGACAAAAGUAUAUAAAUUAAGUUCCAGUUACGCAAAUAUUCAAUCAAUAUGGGGCUUUCUCCACCAAUGAGUAAUGUUGUUGAUGACGUCAUGAUACACACAAGUGUCACACUUGAGAUACACAAGUGUCACACUUGAGAUGUUCUUCUUAGUCUUUGUAUUUCAUUGCAGCAUACAUAAGACGUUCAAAGUUAAAUGCGGUGGUUUGCAUUCAAACAUUAAGUUAUCAAAAGUUAUUUAAAGUUAAACGAAUUAUGUUAUAUUGCUGUUUGACUUGUACUUCUAUAGUGGAUGUUUAUUUGCAUUUACAAUCUAAAGUUUGUGAAAGCUGCGUGUUUAAACCCCAGGAGCCAUAUUUACAAAUAUUCGUGAGUCUAAAAGUUUACACUCAGCUCAGGUUUCCGACUCAGAUUCAGACUCAGAGGCACACAACUUAAUUCAAGAAAAAUAUAGAAUGGUUAUUUUCAGAUUAAGACUUAGCAAGUUAAGUAUCAACUGCUAAGUCCAACGUUUUAACACUAACGUUAUACAAUCACGUCGUAACGUUCUAAGCGCGUUUACAAAAUGGCCGCCGUUCUUCUUUCUUGUAUAUCGAACGUUACCUAGCCUAAUACAUGCAUGUUCAUUGUUUUGGCGUCCUUGUGUCCGUGUUAACUGUAUGAAAUUCAAGUGAAUGUAUCUGGUGUAUGCUUGAGCUAUGUGCGCCUCACAACCCGAUUAUUUACAUAAAUCGUUAAAAAAAUCAGACACCAGUUUUACUCAUUCAUGCGUUCUGUUCGUUUGAGGUAAAAAAAGCUUGGCUAUUGGUUAGUAAAGAACCUCGUUUUAUAUUUGUUUUCAUAGUCGUUACGCAAUGGUUAAACAAAACAGACACACAUGUAGCAUUGACGUCUUCUUGAAAACAUACAUAUUUCAAUUAUGUCAAUAGAUUCUAAAUUUUGACUCUCUGAGUUCCAUAAGUCGCAAUGUAUAGUUUUUACGAUUUCUUUAGUUAAACUUAUUUCUCCAUUAUUUAAUAAUGUUAAUAUAUGUUACGUAUUUCGUUGGUUUAUCUCGAUAUCAUACCCUUGUUUACUGCAAAUCUGCCCAUCUGAUAAAAAGUUGAUAUCUAUCGUCACAUAAGUUGUUGAUUGAAACUGAAAGACAUUAUAACAGUAGCAGAAAACAAAGAGGGUGCACUUUGUGUUAUCUUAACGAUUAAAAAAGUCGAUCAUAUUUUUGUCCUUAUAUCCCCGUUUCAUUCAGAAGACGGACACAAAGACAUACCAACACACUUCGCGAUAAAACCAGGUAUGCACAAUAUUAUAAAUAAUCAAGGGACGAUUAGGAAAUUAGCAUUUGUAUUGUAGACCAUGUACAAUUGAUCAUAAAAUAAAUUUACCUCGUAUUGUUGCAUGUAACAACUGAUUUUCGCAAACAUGUUUGUUUGUAGACUCAGUUGAUUGUUUAUAUGAACACAUAACACUCUCAUGCAUAUCUUAAAAGCCCAAUAUUUUUCGAACAAAUUUGCGAAAUAUUUGUUGAUUUUGGGUAUGUAUGGUACUUUGAUUACUAAUUAUUUAACGUAUGUUUGAUUGUCUUAUGAUCUAAAUUUGUUAUCACGAUAAGCUGUUAUAUGCUUAAAUGAAUAAAAUAUUAGUUCUGUUUUGAUGAUUGCAGUAUCGAUCUUGUGGAGCUGUUGUGGUAAGCAAGUUUCGCUCUUGAUCUCACGCUGAAGAGUUUCUGUUACGCCAACCUCCGCUUGAUGAUAAUCGAGCCACGUGAUACACUUAUUUUCCCGUUGUUAUUUAUUACUUUUUUUAUUUUGGUAAUUAAUUGUUUACUAUGAAUAUUAUUUUAUUGAUAAUUUUCAAAAUAUAAAAGAAAAUGAUACUUCUUUUCAUAAUAUAUAGUAAAACAAAAUAAAAAAAAACAUUUUAGUAUAAAAAAAAAACAACAUCAUACCAAAUCUGGUAGGUUGUUCUUGUUAUGGCAGAGGUUGUAUGUGGGAACAAGGAACGACAACUCUGCUGUCACGCUCGGUAGGAUACACGUUUAACAGUAUUGCCCCUUUGUUUCUAUUGGGAAGCGGACAACGACAACGAUCGAGGCAUGAAAUUGUAAUGCGCAUGGGGUGGUUAGAUUAUUAGGGUAAGGGUUAGGGUUAGUGUUAGGGGUCGGGUUUGGGUUAGCCUUAACCCUAACCUUAACCCUAACCCGACCCCAAACCCUUACCCUAACCUAACCAUAACCCAGGGUUAUCUCCCCACUACCAUGCCUCGCUCGUUGUCGUUGUCCGAUUCGUUGUCCGCUUCCCGUCCAUUAUGGUUUUGAAGUCCUACGCGAUAAAAGCGAUCUUUCUCGUCAACGAAUAGAUUCGAACAUAGGAUUUAUGCAAUUGAACAAAUAUAUUGGCCGUAUCAUCCUCACCAGUAUUAGGGAUCUCAGUGACCCGCAGACUGUUUCGACCGCUAUAUUGUUCCAUACGAUCAGCUUGCAUGUGUUCAAUUAUCUGGUCAUUCAGGAUCUGGUUUUCAUGUUCAAUUGAUUUAAUUGAACUGUUGAGUAACCUAUUUAUGAAGCGAAUGACUUGCUUGAGGUAUUAUUUUUUUUACCACUAAGCUUACAAUACUAAAUGUGUAGGUGUAAAUAUAUAGAAAUAUAGAACAAAUCAACUUUUUUUUGCGAUUUUUUAAUCAUAUGUUAUUAUAAUGUUGAUCGACAUUGUCUAGCUUUGCUUUCAAUAAUGCGAGUGAACUUUUUUUUUGUACCUGUAGUUUACACACAUUUUCAAGUGUAAUGUAUUUAGCCGUUUGAGGCUUACUGCGCAGUUCUGAUUACGGAAUGGAUAUUCAACUCUUGAUUCCAUUUUGAUACUGAUUUCAAUCUAAGAAAAGUAAUUAAAUAAAAAUAAACGUUUUUAUGUUAUAUACAUCGAUUUGAUAAACUGUUUUGAUAGUAUAUAACACAAUAAAUUAUAGUUGAAACUGUUUAAUGAGGCAUAUUGCUUAGAAUAGAGAAGGGUAUGCAUUUAAAUGUUAAGUUACGUGUUUAAUCUUACUAAUAUUAUUUCAGUAAUUAAGUUGCAAUGUGGCGAGGGGAGGAUGUUAUAAAAAUAAUAACGUUUUACAAGUUAAAGUGAGAUUAUAUGAUUUUGUCAAAUAUUUAUGAAUUUAUAUAAAAUGUGUAAAAUACUUAUUAUACAUAUAUUUCCAUAUAAAUUAUAAUAACAGUUAAGAAGAACAUGUGUCGAAAAAUGAGAAAUCAGGCAGAUAUUUAAUUCUGAAAUAGAAAAUACCUGUACAGUCGAAUUCGCCAGCAUGUAUAUUAUACAUGAACGAUGUGAAUCUAAAUUUAGUAUUACGGAUCAGUUUAAUUUCCUGGAUUGAUAUUUAUUAAUAAGACACACGGAACUCACUUCGAUCCUAAUAAAAAGACGAUUGCUUCGGUUAUUGUAGGAUAUGUCAAAAAAAAAUACUACAAAUUGAACGUUAUUGUUUAAUGUUUAAUGACUUUGAUUAAAAUCACUAACAUCAUUAACAUGCAUAUGCUGCUGUUUUACUUAUAUAAGAGACACAUAUAUAAGCCGUGUAUUUAAUUUCCACACGCGCUAUUUAGUUUAUGUGACAAAAAUGUAUGUUAAUAUAUCAAACACGAUAUUGUUUAUAAGUAAAACUAUUCUUCAUAAUACUGUUUAAUAAAUUUAAUUACAACGUU